AUGCAGGAGCACGCCACCAUCCACAAGAAGGGCUUCGGCCAGAACGCCGACGGCUCCCGGAUCCCCCAACGCAGCGCCGCCCGCAAGCCCUCCAACACCCUCUCCGCCUCCCCCGCCGCCUCCCCCGAACACAGCCAGCGCUCGUACAGCGCUAACGCCAUCAAGGUCUCCCGCGCAGAGGUCGGCCCUCAGUCCUUCGAGAAGAUCCGCCUCCUCGGAAAGGGCGACGUCGGCAAGGUCUACCUCGUCCGCCUCAAACAGAACCCCGCCUCAGCCGCCCCCGACGAGCUCGGCGCCCUGCUCCCGCCCUCCCCCGACAGGCUGUUUGCCAUGAAGGUCCUCAACAAGAAGGAGAUGAUCCAGCGGAACAAGAUCAAGCGCGCUCUCGCCGAGCAGGGCAUCCUCGCCGCAUCCAACCAUCCGUUCAUCGUCACCCUCUACCACUCCUUCCAGUCCGAGGACUACCUCUACUUCUGCAUGGAGUACUGCAUGGGCGGCGAGUUCUUCCGGACGCUGCAGACCCGGCCCGACAAGCGGCUGCCCGAGGCCGACGCCCGGUUCUAUGCCGCCGAAGUCAUCUCCGCGCUCGAGUAUCUCCAUCUCCAUGGGUACAUCUACCGCGACCUCAAGCCCGAGAACAUCCUGCUGCAUCAGUCGGGCCAUAUCAUGUUGUCGGACUUCGACCUGUCGAAGCAGUCCGAAGAGGGCGGGGCGCCGGCGGGGGUCAAGAGCAUCACGCCGGACGGGGUGCCGCUGAUAGACACGCGGUCGUGCAUUGCGGAUUUCCGGACGAACUCGUUUGUGGGCACGGAGGAGUACAUUGCGCCGGAGGUGAUCCAGGGGAACGGGCAUUCGUCGGCCGUCGACUGGUGGACGGUCGGCAUCCUGGUGUACGAGAUGAUCUACGGCUACACGCCUUUUAAAGGCGCCGACCGGCAGACGACCUUCGGGAACGUCCUGCGCCGCGAGGUCGGCUUCCAGGACUCGCCCCCCACAUCCGCCCUCGCCAAGGCCGUCAUCCGCAGACUGCUCGCCAAGGACGAGCGCACGAGACUCGGCUCGCUCUCCGGCGCCUCCGAGGUCAAGCACCACAAGUGGUUCGCGUCCAUCUCCUGGGGGCUGCUGCGCAACUGCAAGCCGCCCAUCAUCCCGCCGCCCUCGAACGCCAUGGACGCCUCCAAGGAGUCCCACUCGCUCGACCUCGCCGCCCAGGCCCGGCCCCCUCACACCCCCUCCUCGUCGCCCACCACCACCCUGCUCUCCCCGUCCACCUCCACAAGCUCGCGCGCCCGUCCCCCGCCAUCCAAGACGCAGACCGUGCGCAGCAAGAAGAGCCUCGCGCCGCGCGACAACAAAAGCCUCCGCCCCCCCGACACCGCCGUCCCGCCCCUCCCCGGCCCCGCCUCGCCCGCCCCCUCCAACACCCCCCGCCAGCCCGCGCGCGCCCUGUUGUUGUUGCUACUACGUCCGUCUCCGGGGUCCUCUGUCUGCCGCAAUGAGCCGUCCCGCGACGCCCACACGCGGCCUUCCCGCCGCGCGCGCCCUUGUCCCUGCCGAGCAUCGGGCUUCGUUGGCUGGCCCCGGCCCAGCGAACACGUCAUGCGCUCCUGCCUGGCGCGCAGCGCGACGCCCUCGCUUCAGCGGCGCCUGCCUUUGCAAAGCCAUCGGCCAGAGCGCGCAUCUCUGGGGAUCCUUGUUCCGCCCCUGCCCAGCUCAAGCUGCACGACUGCGCCGUCGCGUGAAAAGAUCAGGCUUCCGUUCCCGCGCCCGCAUGCCACGAGGGCCUUCUCUGGGCAACAAAAGCAGAUGUGCGGCAUGGCCCGCGACACGGGCACCUAG